GACAAAAGCAAAGUUAAUAAUUGAUUCCUGUAUUGAGUGUACUGUGCUGCUCUCAGAAAUGCAGCAUCUUGAUUAUAGGGCAGUUAACAGAUGUGUUUGGAAUAAUUUGAUAAGACGCAUUCAAAAUGAAAAAACGAUUCCCAAAAAUGAUAUGUUGCAGUGGAUCAAAGAGGACAUGAACGCGCUUUUAAAACUGUGUCUUAACUCCAAGCACGACACUGCCCUUCGUGAUCUACUGUAUGAUACAUUGCUAACUAUUGCGGAGAGUGAUUUACUUCACGUCAAAAUUGGAUACGAUUCACCAGAGCAGUUGAUGUUUAAUUAUCAAAUGAUUAUGCCAUUUGUGUUGAACUCUCAGCUUCCGAUUCCUGAUUCGAAAAGUGAAGAAAUAACAAACUGCUUAUUUGAUCUGAAAGGAUACUCCGUUAAAAACGCAUAUUGGGACAUGCUUCAGAAAACUAUCCAAUACAUUUCCCAUCAAGACAAAAACAGUACCAAUAACAGCAUUCAGUUUCGCACGAUACGAACUCGCAUUUACAUACUGUUGGGAAAUCAUCUUGUUGAUCAAAUGAGUGACGAUUCGGAAGGAUUUUUAGCUCAUCAAACCACAGUGAUGUCCUUUUUACUGUACCCAUUGGAAUAUGACCAGCUACUUUUAGUUGAGAACGUGAAGGAACUCUGGACUAAGCUGUAUGAUGAAGUGGUAAAGCAUGACUCAACAUGUUGUGAAUUAAAAAUACAUUCUGCGAAAUGA